AUGUUCAUCCCGAUAGGAAUCCCAGGAUGGCUAUUCUUGGGUGGAGAGGCUAUUUAUAGUAUUCUGGCGCUUCAGAAUGGGUGGCAGCCGCAAAUUGGUCAUGCCGGCCAUCUUGGUGGCACGGCAUUUGGCGUCUUGGCUGGAAUUUUGAGUAGAAGAUUCGGCUUGAACAUGCGGGCGUUCUCAUGA